AAAAACUUUAAGAAAAAUGUUAUCAGAUAAUGGGAAACGCUUACCGGAAACUGAUGCCAGCGGCUUGAACUUCGAGGCCACCGAGUUGACUUUAGGGUUACCCGGAGAGUCUAGAGUAACCUUGGACGGCGGAGCUAGGCUGGGCAGUAAACGUGGGUUUUCGGAAACCGUUGAUCUUAGCCUGGGUGACAACAUAGACACAAAUAAGUUGGGUCGGUCCCAGAUUGAUGCCCAAGAGGCUGCUAAAUCCCCUGUUUCAAAGGCGCAAGUGGUGGGUUGGCCGCCGGUGAGAGGGCAUGCAAAGAGAGGGAAGAAGAGUUGCAAAUUUGUAAAAGUGGCGGUGGACGGUGCUCCAUAUUUAAGGAAAGUUGAUCUCCAGACGUACAAUAGUUAUCAGCAGCUGUUAACUUCCCUCGAAGACAUGUUCUCAUGUUUCACCAUAAGAAAUUAUUGGAAUGAGAAGAAAAUGGACCAAGCGAAUGGAAUUGAGUACGUGCCCACAUACGAGGAUAAGGAUGGAGAUUGGAUGCUGAUUGGAGAUGUACCAUGGCAAAUGUUUGUUGAAUCGUGUAAACGCCUAAGGUUAAUGAAAAGCACAGAAGCAGUUGGAUUAGGAGCAGAAGCUAAAUAAAGGAGACAUAUAAAU